AUGGCACUGGUGCAGCUGCACAGGGAGCGGGGGAGGGCAUACAUUGUCUGUCUAGGCCACCAGGUGGCUUUGCAGUCCUCUGUGAAAGCCUUUCUGAGGCCUGCCUUCACCCAUAUCCUUUCCUCGGCUAAGUAUGGCGGGCGGCACACGGUGACCAUGAUCCCAGGGGACGGCAUCGGGCCUGAGCUCAUGCUGCACGUCAAGUCUGUGUUCAGGCAUGCGUGUGUGCCGGUGGACUUUGAAGAGGUUCAUGUGAGCUCCAAUGCCGACGAAGAGGACAUCCGCAAUGCCAUCAUGGCCAUCCGCCGCAACCGCGUGGCCCUGAAGGGCAACAUCGAAACAAACCAUAACUUGCCACCAUCCCAUAAAUCCCGAAACAACAUCCUCCGCACCAGCCUGGACCUCUAUGCCAACGUCAUCCACUGUAAGAGCCUGCCGGGAGUGGUGACCCGGCACAAGGACAUAGACAUCCUCAUUGUCCGGGAAAACACGGAGGGCGAGUACAGCAGCCUGGAGCAUGAGAGCGUGGCAGGAGUGGUGGAGAGCCUGAAGAUCAUCACCAAGGCCAAGUCCCUGCGCAUCGCCGAGUACGCCUUCAGACUGGCUCAGGAGAGCGGCCGCAAGAAAGUGACGGCUGUGCACAAGGCCAACAUCAUGAAACUGGGUGAUGGGCUCUUCCUCCAGUGUUGCAAGGAGGUGGCAGCUCGCUACCCCCAGAUCACCUUCGAGAACAUGAUUGUGGACAACACCACCAUGCAGCUGGUGUCCCGGCCGCAGCAGUUUGAUGUCAUGGUGAUGCCCAAUCUCUACGGCAACAUUGUCAACAACGUCUGCGCAGGGCUGGUUGGGGGCCCAGGCCUUGUGGCUGGAGCCAACUACGGCCACGUGUACGCUGUGUUUGAGACGGCGACAAGGAACACAGGCAAGAGCAUCGCCAACAGGAACAUCGCUAACCCCACGGCCACACUGCUGGCCAGCUGCAUGAUGCUCGACCACCUCAAGUGGCCCAGCCUCCCACAGAUGCACCCCCCAGACAUUGGCGGCCAGGGCACCACGUCGGAAGCCAUCCAGGACAUCAUCCGCCACAUCCGUGUCAUCAACGGCCGGGCUGUGGAGGCCUAGGCAGCCCCUUGGCACUGCAGCACCACGGCGGCUCGGUGGGCAGGGCCCAGAAUAAAGCAGCUUCUGCCCCAGACCUCA